AUGGUCAAGGGUAGACAGGGAGAACGCAUUAGGCUUUAUGUCAGGGGUACAGUUCUUGGAUACAAAAGGUCAAAGUCAAAUCAAUACCCAAACACCUCUCUUGUUCAGAUCGAGGGAGUAAACAUAAAGGAAGAGGUUGCAUGGUAUGCUGGGAAACGGUUGGCAUACAUUUACAAGGCCAAGGUUAAAAGGGAUGGUAGCCACUAUAGGUGUAUCUGGGGAAAGGUUACUAGACCUCAUGGUAACAGUGGGGUAGUCCGUGCAAAGUUCACUUCAAAUUUGCCACCAAAAUCCACUACUACUGUUACGGAGAAAAGAGAAGACGAAGCAACAAGCAAACCAUGCAGCAGAGAACCAACAACGACGACUCACAAGUGGAAUCGAUCUCCAUCAAGAAAGCGUCCUGUCAUAGCUGAUGCAAACGUCAGCGGUGGAAAUGAGAGAAGGAUUAAAUCACCGGCUAGAAGACCGUCCCCGUCGCCAGAGAAGAAAAUGAAGAACGGGUCAAGGUUAGUUCGUGGAAGAGAAUCUGGUUCUGUUGCAAACCGUAAAGUCAAUGCAGGUUCAACCGGUGUUCGCCGUGACUCCGGUGAGGGUUCCGGCAGGAGGUCGAGGUCUCCUUCGUGUUCUCGUACAGUUGGAGUGUCGAGUAAAAUAGGUGUCGGAGUUGGUCGGAACCAAGCUCCAGCGAAGAAGAGUGAGAGUGAAGAGGUUGGAGAGAUAAACGACAUCGUUUGUAAUGUAACAGAGAAGAAGAGUGAGAGUGAAGAAUGUGAAGAGAAAAAUGACAUCGUUUCGCAGGUAGAGUCAAUUGAAAACCCUCAUGUUUCGAUGAAGUGUUUUAUUUUUCUGUAG